AUGGCUAUUGAGAUUUGGGUGGCAAAGUUGUAUUGUUCAGCGAGAAGUGGAAUGGCUGGCAACGAUAGAGCGAUGCGACACUCAGCUCUGCAAGUGGCCCGUACACCAUCAGGCUUUUUCCCAAAGACCUCUACCCUCAUCGAGAAAGCUGUCAAGACAGCUGUGAGCAAGGCUCUUGCGAAAGUUGAUGAUUUCAUUGACAGAGCUACCACAAGAGUUGAUGAAGCUAUCGAGAAAGCCUGCAAUCAACUACCCAAGAACUCGAUACUGUCGUUCAAAACUCUUUCGAUGAAGCUUUCACAAUUCUCUGAGCGUCUCAAUGAGCUUCAAUCAUCCAUUCCAGCGGAAUGA